UGAUGAAGGUGGGAGGUUUUGGGGAGUGUAUAAAACUCUGUACAAUUGUUGUCUCAUUGCCCUUGUGCCUCUACCCAGAAGAGGACAAGGUGCCGGAUUUUGCAAAAGUCAAUAAAGCUCUAGAAAUUGUUCAAGAUGUCUCCUGUUGAUUCAAAACUGAGAAUUUGUAAUCUCACAAUUGGCGCCCAAACAGGAAUUUGAAGACUCUGCCCUCUGGAGAAGAGGGAGCUGCCUUUAACCUGGAGGCAUGCCACACUGAGUUUAGUGUCUGGGACAGGAGGCUCCUUCUUCUCCAGCAGUGGAUUACUCUUCACGAAAAUGAACCGACAGGGAGAUCUGAACAACCAGGGAGGUGUCACCCGAGCAGGAUAGUCCAACACUGGCACAGCUCAAGUUGUGAUCCAGAUACUGACAUCAGAUUGCUGCAUUUUUGCAAUACAGUACUCAAGAAGUUCACAAAAGAAUAUCUUCUUGGAAACAAAGGGAAUGAUCGUGUCAAAUGGAUGCAUUCUACUGGUGAUUAUGAAAACAAAUGGUUAUGCCCAUGUGCCGUUGUUUCUUAUGCAGGCCUUUCACCCCCAUAAAUGACAACAGAUUCAAGAUAAGAGGCUACAAUGGGACCAAUGAAGAAUUUUGAAAAUACUUGACUCAGAUGUGUUCCAGUUAUGAGUUAAUUCUGUAAAAGGUCUUAUCUUGCCUUAAAAUCUGGGUGUGCUUUCUUAAAGUGUGGCAUAUGGCAAGAUGUUAGAUUAGAAUUGGGUGCCUAAAAGAUGACUUGGAACCUCUUCAAAAAACAUCCCAAACCUGAACCCAUAAUAGCUGUUACCACAGGUGCUCCAGUACCUCCUACCACUACAGUAGCACCAGCAGUCUCCCAGGAAAAUGGAACGCAAUCAGGCCCAGUGGAGAGUACGGAGGACACUUUUGAAAAGUUUAAAGAAAAGCUUAUGAAUGAAAUAAAUAGUAUACCUUUGCCACCAUGGGCCCUGAUUGCCAUUGCUGUCGUUGCUGGAUUGUUACUGCUGACCUGUUGCUUUUGCAUCUGCAAGAAAUGCUGUUGCAAGAAGAAGAAGAACAAGAAGGACAAAAAGGGAAUGAAAAAUGCUAUGAACAUGAAAGAUAUGAAAGGCCAGAACAAACAGGAUGAUGAUGAUGAUGAUGGAGAUGAGGAAGGAGAAGGAGAAGAGGAAGAGGAAAAAGAACCAGAGAAUCUGGGCAAACUGCAGUUCUCCCUAGAUUAUGAUUUCCAGGCCAACCAGCUCACUGUUGGAAUCCUCCAAGCAGCUGAACUGCCAGCAUUGGACAUUGGAGGUACAUCUGAUCCUUAUGUCAAAGUCUUCCUACUUCCAGACAAAAAGAAGAAGUAUGAGACCAAAGUACAAAAGAAGACCCUCAAUCCAACCUAUAAUGAGACUUUUGUCUUUAAGAUUCCAUACCAAGAGCUUGGUGGGAAGACUUUGGUGAUGGCCAUCUAUGACUUUGACCGAUUUUCUAAGCAUGACAUCAUUGGGGAAGUCAAGGUACCCAUGAAUACUGUGGACUUAGGACAACCCAUUGAAGAAUGGAGGGAUCUAGAGAGUGCAGAAAAAGAGGAGCCAGAGAAACUGGGAGACAUCUGUAUCUCAUUACGAUAUGUACCCACUGCUGGGAAAUUGACUGUCUGCAUACUGGAGGCCAAGAAUUUGAAAAAGAUGGAUGUUGGAGGACUUUCUGAUCCUUAUGUGAAAAUUCAUCUGCUGCAGAAUGGCAAAAGGCUUAAGAAGAAGAAGACUACAGUCAAGAAGAAGACCCUGAAUCCCUAUUUCAAUGAAUCUUUCAGCUUUGAGAUUCCCUUUGAACAGAUACAGAAAGUGCAAGUUGUAAUUACUGUCCUGGAUUAUGACAAGUUGGGAAAGAACGAAGCCAUUGGAAAAGUCUUUGUUGGCAACAAUUCCACAGGCACCGAGCUCAGGCACUGGUCUGACAUGCUUGCCAACCCUCGCCGCCCCAUUGCCCAGUGGCACUCCUUGAAACCUGAAGAAGAGGUGGAUGCAGCUCUUGGGAAAAACAAAUAGGCAGCUCCAUUUUCCAACAUCACCUAAUGAACAUUCAAAGUGAUCCAGAGCUAUCAAUACCUCAGUUAGGCAACAUUUAGUUUUUGUUCUCUUUUCUAAGCUGCAACACUCUUUCUUUGAUGGCUACAAGGGAAUCCCGGUGAACUCAAGAGUAUCCAGGAAGAAGUGGUUUAAAAGCAUGGUGGUUCCUUCUUUUCAUAUUCUUCCAAGUAGUUGGUUUGCUGCAUGUCCCACCAUCUUUAUGUGUUAUUCUCUUCAAGUGUACAGCAAGCUUUUUAUUUGGGUUUUCCUGAGACCAUCACAAAUAACAGCACAAAACAGCUUUGCUUUUGCUUGUUUUGGGAGUUUCCUCCUUAAAUGAGACCUUGUGCUACAGGAUGAUACCAGAGCCUGAAAAUGUGAGAUGGCCAGAUACUCUGUGCUUGGUUUUUUUUUGAGGGCGGGGAGGGGGGAAGCAAGUUGUAUGAAAAGGCGCUGUUGCAAAACUGUGUUCAGUAAGGUUUGGCCAUUAGCCAUCUAUCAGGAAUAUUCAGGAAAAGCAAUACUGGCACUGGGACAUCUCUGAAGAUGUGGAUGGCUGGUGGAUUAAUUGUCUGUAAUGAGAGGACUAUGGUUUGGGGCAUACAAGUUGCCAAAUGAUAAUUGCCCUGUAAUAACUAAUAUAGUGGGUCUUCUGUUAACCUUUGAAUGUUCUGUUCUUAAUUAGAACAAUGGAGUGGUACCAGAAGAUCAUUGGAGCAUGAAAUCUACAAAUGCAUGCUUCUGUGGAAGGCAGAAUGCAAAAACGUUCUUUUUCUUGGGGGAAAAAAAAGCCAAACAUCAUGGGAUAUUUAUUCUAGCCUUCACAAGCUAUCGAUUUAUAUGAAAAUUUCACUCUUUCUAAGAUAGUUAUCUUAUUGGUAGCAGUGCCAAGCUUAGAUGCAUCAGAAAAAAGCUAUGUCAAGCAUCUUAGGCAGCUUUGCAAAUUGGAUAAAAAUGAUAGGCCUGGGUUGAUUUGCAAACAUUUGCUAUCAUGCCAUUUUACUGCCAUUCUUCUUUUAAAACCACAAUAGACUAUAACUCUGUUGAGUGCUGCAGAUUGAUUGGUGAAAAAUGUUUAUUUUUACGAAUUUGGAACUUAAAGGAUGUGAGAGUGAGGACUGUGUGUUUUUCUAAUGCUGAAGAGCAGGAACUUGUAGAUAAGUGAUGGGUUAGAAACAGCAGGAAGGUCCAUCUAGUGGCCAGCACAGUGCAAUAAGUAUCUUAAGGAAGUUUAAUUUAGAAAAAAAUAAGUACCAUCUGUUGGAAACUCCACCCCUCCACCCCCAGUCACAUUUAAUUAAGGGAGCAAAGCCAGAAAUUAGUGGGAAAGUGAAUCCCUUCCAACCAAAAUACCAAAGAUAUACCAAAAGCAGCAGGGCCUUCUCUUGUCUGGAUGCCAAAACAUUCACGAUUUCUUUUUGCUAAUCCCAGAAAGUCAAGCCAUAUCAUCAUUGUUCCCUGGUGCUUGCACUGAUCUCUGGAAGAAAAAAACCUGCCCCUGUUUUUUUCUGUAGUGCCAGAUACAGAUACCUUUUCAGACUGAUGGUAGUGGAAGGAGGUUAAAUGGAGGCGAGGAAAUAAGAUUUUUGAAAUAAAAACUUCUUUUUGGUGUUCAAUAUUGUAUUAGAAUGAAUGAAAAGAGGGUGAAAUAUCAAAACCAUGAGCCUAGGAAAGUUUGAGAGAGUAGUUUUUAUUAUUGGUGACCACUGAAUUGCUUUUGUCUGGAAUAUCUGAUCAGGGUUGAAGGAGUAAAGUAAUGGUUUUCAGUUAUGAGGCUGAGUGAGCAGAGCUCAGACUUGGAUCUGACUUGUAAGUACAGGUACAAUAGGAACAGAUUUUUAAAUCAGACAGUUUUAAGAGGAGAGAGAAACAGGAAAUCCAGUGUAUUCAGCAGUUUUUCCUGGCUGUACCUAUUCAUCUUGCAUCUGGUUCUAAAUUCUAACUGUAACCAUCUGCCAGCAUUGCCUUCAGGAAUAUUAGUUGCUUUGUCUUUGUGCUAGUUGUGCUCCCUGUAAGGGCCUAACAAAAAGCAGAUUGAUAAUACAAAAAGCAUUCCAUUCUGGUGCCUCACUGAGUAGUGCUAUAUAUUCAAAGAAUAGUUUGUUUCUCAGUCCCUCUUAACUUAGAAU